UUUAGGCGCGCGCUAGUGUGACAAGAUGGCGACAUUUUGCCCUCAGUAUUUCCAAUAUACACUUCAAGAUAAAUAUUUUUAGACAGAGACCCCAGGUUUCGAUACCAGAUACACCCGAAAUCAGAAUCUAGCUCCUUUCGCUAUCCUUGGCGGUAUGAAAAAGUGGAAAUAACCGCAAAUAUAGAAUGCACAAUGGACGAGAGAUGCGCUGUAACACCCCCUACUUGAUGCGACGUCCAUUUGGAGAGCUCUCGAUCCUUUCGAGAAAUCUGGAAAGAAUAAUCUGAAGUGGUGAACUCAGCAUGUUUGAGCAGCUUGUUGUCUCAGUUCUGAACAGCGUUCUCGGCCGUUAUAUACGUGAUCUAGACAGCUCUAAUCUUGAACUCGCAGUUCUUCAAGGCCAAGCAGUGUUGAGGGAUUUAGAAUUGAGAGAUGACGCAUUGGAUGGAUUUGAUCUGCCAGUUCAAGUAACACAUGGAUUUGUUGGUGAGAUCUCUCUGACUAUCCCAUGGACCAACCUGUAUUCAUCACCCUGCGACAUAUGUAUUGAAGAUGUCUAUCUCAUUGCUAGCCCUGUGAAAGAACAACCAUAUGAUGCAGAGAAAGCCCGGGCAAGUGAGCUUGCAGUUCAGAGAAAACGGCUGAGGCAAAUUGAAGAAAGCCUUGCAAAGAAAGCUACUGAGAGCACAGAUGGGAUAGCCCAUGCAGAGAAUGGAGACUCAUUUGUUGAGAAGUUAAUGGCGCAAGUUAUCAAGAACCUCAAAGUGUCUGUAAAGAAUAUCCAUAUCAGAUAUGAGGACCAGGUUACAUCAUGUGAAAGUCCAUUUGCUGUGGGAUUCACUCUACAAAACCUUUCAGCUGAGACUACAGAUGAUAAUUGGAAGACAAGUGUUGUUAAUGCUGCUGCGAAAACUGUAUUUAAGCUUGUGAGUCUUGACAACUUAGCAGUGUAUUGGAAUCCAGACCAACAUGCUUAUGACUUGUAUGGCAACCACUGGAAUUGGAAGGGUAAAAUGGAGGAUGGUAUAUCUACAAAAGCUAAACAGCCAAAGGAUUAUGAAUACAUUCUGCAGCCAUUGUCCGCUGAAUGCCAUGUCAUCAUGGACCAAACGUCCAAGGUGGAGAUGGAUGUACCAAAGCUUUUGGUGGAAGUUAUCCAACAGGAGUUAUCACUUGCCAUGUCACAAAAACAGUUCCACAAUCUAAUGGAUGUCAUUGACUCAUUUGAGCUCAUGUCUGUGAAUCAGCAAUACAAGAAGUACCAACCCACUGUCAAAGUCCAUGGCAGUGCCAGCAAGUGGUGGAAGUAUGCUUAUACUGCAAUCUGUGAGGAGGGUAUUCGUAGCUGGUCAUGGGAAAGAAUCAAAGCGCAUCGGGCUAGGUAUCGUGCAUAUAAAUCGUUGUACAAGCGAAAGCUCAAAGGAUUCCAUGACUCAGAGCGUGAGUCUUCCCUUAGACAUUUACAGGCCUUAGAGGAUGACCUAGGUAUCCCAAGCGUACUGAUUGCUAAGCAACAGGCUGAGCUGGAGGUUCCGCCUGAGAUGCGUGAAGUCCUGAGUCCUGCGAAGACAAGUUCUGGAUCAUGGUGGUCUUGGCUAGGGGGAGGUGCUGGAGCACCAGCAGAAACAUUACCACUGGAGGAGGAAGAGGACCUUUUAUCCAAACUUACGGUGGAAGCCUUGCCCAAAGGCGAAAAGGAGAAGCUCUACAAAGCCAUUGACUACAGUGAGGGUGCAAGACCCAUUAAGUACCCACUAGAGUACAUCAAGAGGAGGUUGACUUUCCAUCUGGACUCCUGUCUUGUUACUCUCCUUGAUGUGCAGAAAAGGAAGAUAGCUGAGGUAGCCACACAAGGCUUUGCUGCUGCCAUUGAGCAACGUCCCGGUGGGGAUGCAAUGAGAUUCCAGGCAGAAGUGAAUGGUUUUCAGGUUCUUGGUACCCCAAACUCCAGUGAUGGCCAAUCUAGACCGUGCUUGAUGUCUUCCAAGACUUCACUGGGAAGUGAUGGUAAAGCGCUACUGAGUUUCACUGCUGAGACAAACCCCUUGCAUGUGCGUGCAGAAUAUGCUGUUGCACUCAAGGUGGAACCAGUGGAGAUCAGAUACGACAAUAUCACUGUGGACAAGGUCAUUGACUUCUUUGAUGUCCCAAACUACUCCAAACUGCAAGAGCUAGAGGCAGCUGCAGCGAACAAACUGCGGGAAUUGAGAAGCUGGACCCGGUCAGGGUUGGAGUACGCCAUCGCACAACACAAGGUGACCUUUGUUGACAUGGACGUCCGUUCGCCAUACAUCGUUAUCCCAGAAUAUGGAAAUUUAGCAAGAAAAGGGAAUGUGCUGAUUGUAGACUUGGGUCAUCUAACUGUCGUCAGCGACUUGGUCGACAGGGACAAAGUUCCCGUCAAAAAAAGAUCAGAUGAUGAGCUUGCAGAGAUGUUCUAUGAUAAGUUUGAUGUGAAGGUGACAGAUGUUCAGCUAAUCUUGGCUGAAAAAGGGUCAGACUGGCACUCUCUUCAAGUGCAAUCCUCCACGCCUGAACACAUCCUUCCUGCCACUUGCAUGGAGCUUCAGGCUUACAAGAGCAUCAGCGCCGAGUAUCCUGAAUUACCAGAAUUCAAAGCGAUAUCAGUUCUUCCUACUUUAUGGAUCAAGCUGUCAGACACAAAGUAUAAACAACUAAUGCAGUUCCUCAAAAAUUUCCCUCUUGGCACACAAACGAGAAAAGAGGUGGAGACAAAAGGAAAACCUCUUUUAGACAAGCAAUGGGUUCGCACGGCCUCCACUUUAUCCGUGGAUGAAGUCACCAGCAUCCAAGCCAUCCUCAGUGAGAAGUUACACCCAAAAUCCGACGGCGAAGACGACGAGUGGUUCGACUCGGUUGAGUAUCUUCCGGGAGAUAGGCCUGGGAGCAGAGCGUCACAGGCGCCAGACAGAACGUACUUCACCGGGGAGUUUGCCAUACACCAGCUUCGUGUGACCCUCGAUAAAGCGAACAACAAGCGUGACAAGCCCUACAUUAGCCUAAUUAUCACGAACCUGACCACGACUGUCACCGUGAACACUUGGGACCUGUCCGUCAAGACCUCCCUGGGGUUUAUACAACUGAUCGACAAUUACUUCCAAGGUGAUGAUGGCAAUGCCCUCGCUGUGUUGAGCUCGUCUGGGAAUGAUGACUGGAUCUCAGUCGAUUACGUCCAGGCAGACCCCAAGGGACCCGAGUUCUCCACCAAGUUCGAAAAUACCCAGCAGUCAGUUCGCGUCAAAUUCAGCUCUAUUAAACUCACGGCCGUCAAGGAAGCGCUGGCUGCUUUCGAGAUAUUUUUACUUGAACUUCUUGAAAGCGAUGAUGUUAAGACACUUACACCUCUGCUGCCAAGCAAGUUUCAACCCCUCGAGACCAUAGAGGAAAACGAACAACUAGAAACACGAGCCAUAGAACCAGUCAAUCGAGAAGUAGUAGACAUAGCGAUCGAGGCCCACGUGGAAAAGAUCAGCAUCAAAAUGGUGUCCAGACAAAAGCUUGUAGGAUGUGUGCAUGUGAAAGGUCUUAAAGUUAAAAUCGAGCAAAGGGGACCCGAGACCAAAAUCGUGACUAUGCUUAAAGAUCUUGGAAUUACAAAUGCGAUGGCAGGAACUUUCUACCCAAAGAUUCUUUGCUUGGAAGAUAACACAGUAUUCGAAUGUGAGAUUACACUAUUUGACAACAAGAGCAACUCUGUCAAAGACCCAUUGGCCGUGGAUGUUCUCAUCGACCUCAAAAUUGGCAGAUUCAAGUUUGUGUUCUUGAGUGGUUUCACUGCUCAUAUGCAGAGUUUUGUCCAAGCCCUGAUCAGCCCUGAGACCAUGUCAUACGCGCAAAACAUCACGCAGAACGCUCUAAAGACAAAGGCUAAAAGUCUUCAAGAACGUGGCACUAAACUUGGUCUAAGCAUCAACGUCCACGCGCCAAAGCUUGUAAUCCCUGGACACUCAGGGUCACGUGACAUGCUGGUAGCUGAUCUUGGCAACCUUGAAAUUAACAACGCGAUAGAGAAAACCCGUCAUGGUGUUUUGAUUGACAACAUGGUAGUGACGCUCAGCUCGUUUGAAGUGAGAUGCUUCUCCGAGGAAGAGAAUGUGUUCAGUAAUCACUUGGUGGAGCCAAUCAGGCUUGAUAUUGUGGUGAGAAGAAGACUUGACCCAGCCGCAUCACACAUUCCACUCAUUGAGGUGGAUGCCGUUCUUGAGCUACUGCAGGUUAACCUGGCCACACCCGACUUCAAGCUUCUAAUGAUGGUUAUUAACAAGAACCUGACCGAAGGAAUCAAAGGUACAAUCUGCCUUAAAGAAUGUCGAUCAACCCACCCUUUGUUGUUGCUUUACAGUUGAAACUACAACGGUUUAUUUGCAAAUAACUUCGA